AAGUCUCUUGACCACACUUUGACGUUCGUAUAUAAACRUGAUACAGCCAGUUACGGUUGUUUCACUAUCUCAGACUCUCAGUAUUCGAGUGUUUUGAUUUUCGAGUUUCCAAUUAAAUCUUAAUAAGAUAUAAACAACUGAGUAUUGACAAGUCUCAAAGGUAGAUUUGUUCACUUCUAAUACAAUUACAAUGGCAACAAUAUCUGAAGUUUUAAAAACCAAGAUUGAGGUUGAAGAAGAGGAACCAAAAAAGAAAUCGCGUGAAGAUUGGAGAAAAGCUAAAGAACUUGAAGAAGCCCGAAAAGCAGGAACAGCUCCAGCAGCAGUUGACGAAGAGGGUAAGGAUAUUAAUCCUCACAUUCCACAAUACAUAUCAUCAGCGCCAUGGUAUUAUGGCACUUCUGGUCCAACGCUAAAACAUCAACGUGUUCCCGGAAAAGCCCAAGAAUAUUCGAGUUUAAACGAAUGGUAUAAACGAGGUGUAAACACUGAAUCUGUUAGCACUAAAUUCCGUAAAGGAGCGUGCGAAAACUGUGGUGCAAUGACACAUAAAAAAAAAGACUGUUUUGAAAGACCACGAAAAGUUGGAGCUAUUCAUAAUUCAAUUAAUAUUGCACCAGAUGAAUAUGUACAACCCGAACUCAAUCAAGAUUUUGAUGGGAAACGAGAUCGAUGGGCUGGAUAUGAUCCUUCUCAGCAUAAAGCUAUUAUUGAACAGUAUCAAAAAAUUGAAGAGGCCAAACGUGAUCUCCGUGCUCAAAAACUAAAUGCUGAUGGAGAUGAAAAAGGAGAAGGUAACAGUUCUGCUGAUGAAAAUGAUGAAGAUAAAUAUGUAGAUGAUUUUGACAUGCCUGGAACAAAAGUAGACAGCAAACAGCGUAUUACUGUUAGAAAUUUAAGAAUCCGUGAAGAUACAGCAAAAUAUCUUAGAAAUUUAGAUUUAUCAUCAGCCUACUAUGAUCCUAAAACAAGAUCAAUGAGGGACAAUCCACACAAACCUGGAGAAGAUCCAGAACAAGUGGAAUAUGCUGGGGAGAAUUUUGUUAGAUUCAGUGGUGAUACUACUAAACAUGCUCAGGCACAGUUAUUUGCUUGGGAAGCAUAUGAACGUGGUGUUGAUGUACAUCUAUUAGCUGAACCUACAAAAUUAGAGCAACUUAAAAAAGAGUAUGAAACUCAUAAAGAUCGUUUUAAAAAGAAAACUCAGAAUACAGUAUUGGCAAAAUAUGGUGGUGAAGAACACUUGCAAACACCUCCUGUACAAUUAUUAUUAGCACAAACUGAAGAGUAUGUUGAAUAUUCUAGAAGAGGAGAUAUAAUUAAAGGUGAGGAAAAAGGUAUUGUACGUUCACGUUAUGAAGAAGAUGUUUACCAUUCAAAUCAUACAUCCGUUUGGGGUUCUUACUGGGAGGCAGGAGAAUGGGGCUAUAAAUGCUGUCGUUCGUUGAUUCAAAAUUCUUAUUGUACGGGAAAAUCAGGAGUUGCAUCGUCUAUAAAUGUACCAGAAUUAGGAAAAAUUGUCCCAGUUAUUGAAAAUACUGUACCAGAGUCUAUUGGUAUAUUUAAGGACAAAGUUAUUAAAGCUGAAUCAAUUCCUUCUCGUAGAUCAUCAUCGGCAUCAUCAUCAGCAUCUAAUUCAUCAGAUUCUGAAACAUUGAAAGAAAAGUCAAAAAAAAAGAAAAAAAAGAAGAAGAAGAAAAUGAUGAAAAAGAAGGCUAAAAAAGAGGAAGUAAAAGAUGCAUUGAAAAAGGCAUUAGAUAAAGAAGAAGAACGAUUAAAAGAAGUCGAUCGAGUUAUGAAUAUGGAUGAGAGAAAACGUCCUUAUAAUAGUAUGUAUGAAGUUUCUAAGCCUACUGAUGAAGAAAUUGAAGCAUACCACAUGAAAAAACGCAGAGAAGAUGAUCCUAUGUCCAAUUUUGUUUAAUUUUUUUAUUCACUUAAAUAAUCCUAUCAUAAAAAUGUUCAAUUUUAUUGUAAAUUAUAUUACAGAUUAAGUGUAACGAUACUAUGUUUAUAUUAUUAAUUCCAUAAAUAAUUUAUGAAACCAAUCUUUGUAUAUUAUCUAGAGAUGGGUUCUUGAACUUAUUGAACUCUCAAAUACACUGGACUUCAAGUAAUUCCAACAGUUUUAAUAUUUUAUUACUUAAAAUCAAUACUUUAUUUAUAACUCAACUAUUUCUUUCAAAAUGAAAAUUGUGCUAUAUAUGUAGGUAACCUAAUAUUUAUUAUUAUAUAUACAGUGGCAAACUGAACUUAAAUUACGCAAUUUCAUAUUCAAAUAUAUACCACCACCCCCAAGUCUAGUACAUAGAAUAUAUAUUGUAGGUCUAGUAUACAGUUGUAUACAUUAUUUACUUAUAAAAAGUUACCAUGCACCUUUU